GACGCUCAGUUAUUCUCUCUCAGGGGCUGGAAGCAGCCACAAGGGGUGAAGGAGGGAGCUGGAGGAACGUAUCUUUUAAGGAAGAAGACAGAUUCUGUUCUGUCAGGUUCCUCCGAGUGUGUGUAAGAGCAAGUCAGAGGAGAGAGAGAGAGAGGAAAAGGCAGAGGGAGAGAGGGGGAGAGGGGAUCUGUUGCAGGCAGAGGAAGGCGUGACCUGAAUGGAGAAUGCCAGCCAAUUCCAGAGACACACAGGGACCUCAGAACAAAGAUAAGGCAUCGCUGACACCACACCGGGGACGAGCUCGCAGACAAGUCAGGCCGGGGGGACCAGGCAGCCAGGAGCACCCAAGACAGGAAAAUGAGGUGGCUCCUUCUCUGUCAUGCUCUGUGCUUCUCCUUGUUGAAGGCUUCGGCCCACAUCGUGGAGCUUAACAAUAUGUUUGGCCAGAUCCAGUCGCCUGGCUAUCCAGACUCCUAUCCAAGUGAUUCGGAGGUGACUUGGAAUAUCACUGUCCCAGAGGGAUUUCGGAUCAAGCUUUACUUCAUGCACUUCAACUUGGAAUCCUCCUACCUAUGUGAAUAUGACUAUGUGAAGGUAGAAACUGAAGACCAGGUGCUGGCAACCUUUUGUGGCAGGGAGACCACAGACACGGAACAGACCCCUGGCCAGGAAGUGGUCCUCUCCCCUGGCUCCUUCAUGUCCAUCACUUUCCGGUCAGAUUUCUCCAAUGAAGAGCGAUUCACAGGCUUUGAGGCCCACUACAUGGCUGUGGAUGUGGACGAGUGCACGGAGCGGGAGGACGAGGAGCUGUCCUGUGACCACUACUGCCACAACUACAUCGGCGGCUACUACUGCUCCUGUCGCUUCGGCUACAUCCUCCACACCGACAACAGGACGUGCCGAGUGGAGUGCAGUGACAACCUCUUCACCCAGAGGACCGGCGUGAUCACCAGCCCCGACUUCCCUGGCCCUUACCCUAAGAGCUCCGAAUGCCUCUACACCAUCGAGCUGGAGGAGGGUUUCAUGGUCAGCCUGCAGUUUGAGGACAUUUUUGACAUUGAGGACCAUCCUGAGGUGUCCUGCCCCUAUGACUACAUCAAGAUUAAAACUGGUCCAAAAGUGCUGGGGCCCUUCUGUGGAGAGAAAGCCCCAGAACCCAUCAAUACCCAGAGCCACAGCGUCCAGAUCCUGUUCCGCAGUGACAACUCGGGCGAGAACCGGGGCUGGAGGCUGUCAUACAGGGCGACAGGGAAUGAAUGCCCCAAGCUGCAGCCUCCUGUCCAUGGGAAACUCGAGCCCACGCAAGCCAAGUACUCCUUCAAGGACCAGAUGCUCAUCAGCUGUGACACAGGCUACAAAGUGCUGAAGGAUAAUGUGGAGAUGGACACAUUCCAGAUCGAGUGUCUGAAGGACGGGACGUGGAGUAACAGGAUUCCCACCUGUAAAAUUGCAGACUGUGGAGCCCCGGCAGAGCUGGAAAAUGGGCUGGUCACCUUUUCCACCAGGAACAACCUUACCACAUACAAAUCUGAGAUCAGGUACUCCUGCCAGCAGCCCUACUACAAAAUGCUGAACAGUAUCACAGGUGUAUAUACCUGUUCUGCCCAAGGAGUCUGGAUGAAUGAAGUCCUAGGGAGAAGCCAGCCCACCUGCCUACCAGUGUGUGGUCAGCCCUCCCGCUCCCUGCCAAAUCUGGUCAAGCGGAUCAUCGGAGGUCGGAACGCCGAGCCCGGCCUCUUCCCCUGGCAGGCCCUGAUCGUGGUGGAGGACACCUCAAGGGUACCAAACGACAAGUGGUUUGGGAGCGGGGCCCUGCUCUCUGAGUCCUGGAUCCUCACAGCAGCCCACGUGCUGCGCUCCCAGCGCAGAGACAACACGGUGACACCAGUCUCCAAGGACCACGUCACUGUCUACCUGGGCCUGCAUGACGUGCGGGACAAAUCGGGGGCUGUCAACAGCUCAGCUGCCCGAGUGGUGCUCCACCCAGACUUCGACAUCCAGAACUACAACCACGACAUUGCUCUGGUGCAGCUGCGGGAGCCUGUGCCCCUGGGGCCCCACGUCAUGCCCAUCUGCCUGCCACGACCCGAGCCCGAAGGCCCGGCGCCCCAUGUACUGGGCCUGGUAGCUGGCUGGGGCAUCUCCAAUCCUAACGUGACGGUGGACGAGAUCAUCAGCAGCGGCACGCGGACCUUGUCGGACGUGCUACAGUACGUCAAGUUGCCCGUGGUGCCGCACGCCGAGUGCAAGACCAGCUAUGAGUCCCGGUCAGGCAACUACAGUGUCACAGAGAACAUGUUCUGCGCCGGCUACUACGAGGGCGGCAAGGACACAUGUCUGGGGGACAGCGGUGGGGCCUUUGUCAUCCUCGACGACUCUAGCAAGCACUGGGUGGCCCAAGGCCUGGUGUCCUGGGGGGGCCCCGAAGAAUGUGGCAGCAAGCAGGUGUAUGGGGUCUACACUAAGGUCUCCAACUACGUGGACUGGGUGUGGGAGCAGAUGGGCACCCCGCAGGGUGUCGGGGAGCUCCAGGUGGAACGGUGAGCUGCCUGACUUCCUCAGGGCCGCCUGUCCUGCCCAACCCAAGCAAGGCUGCACCACACAAUCCCGAAAGCACCCUCCUUGUUACUCAGCAGACCAAAUGGGACAGAACACACUGCUCCCACCUUCCCAAGGCAGCCCCCAGGACUCCAAGAGGCAGCAGUGUGAUACAGGAAAAAGGUUCUACACAGGAGACCUAGGUCCCGGUCCUGGGCGAGUCCCUUCCCCUCUCCCAGCCUCACUCUCCCUGUAGAACAGCGAGGAGCUAGGCUGGGGGCAGUCCCACCACUCCUCUCUAGAGUGCUUACCCCAGGGACCUCGUUCACUCCAUUCACUUGUCAGACUCCUUGGCCCCACGGUGGGUGUAACUGAGCUUGGACCUGACUGUUAGAGAAUGUCUCCUUGCCUUGAGCUGAAGUCCGAGACCAUGUAUUUUCCCAGCUCUGGCUUCUGGGCACAGUCUAAUCCCUUUUCUGGCAGAGAGCCGCUCAGGUCUGGGGAGACAGGGGUUGCACCCCCAGAAGCCUUGCAGGACUUUCAUCCCUGGGGUUCUUCUCCCCACGGCUCCUUGCAGUCCAAGCCUUAUCUCUUAUAUUCCCUGUUAAAGGAAUUUCAAAGGACAAGGAGAAAGCUGGGAAGCCCUGUGGUGACUGUAGGGAGAAGAGCAGUGGGAGGCUCCCCCACCCCGUUAAAUUCCUGCCGUCAACUCAGAACCACCUUUUGGGCACAUACGUCACUCUCAAAUACCAGCUGACAAAAUGGGGCGUCCACACCUGACACUCCAGACAAGCACAGAGCAACCUUCCAGCCAUGAAAUGUAGCAUCUGAAAGACCACCUCAGCCCCAGCCCCAGGCAUGGAGACUGAACCGGAUCACUUGGAGAAAGAGAAGGCCCAUGCUGUGCCCCGCCGUGCUUCUGGGCAGGGAAACAGAACAAAGGCGGGCUCCGGAUGUAGGAGUGGCCCAAUCCCACCGCACUGCCCAGCGUGCCUGAAUCUGGGCUUUCCAGAGAGUGCACCCAGGAUGGACGUGCAGAGGGAUCCACUUCUCCGGUUUCCAGGGGCCAGAGUCAAGGGAAGCAGAGACUUGCCCAUGAAAGGCAAUGAGAAGACACAGAGAUACAAGAGUCCUGGGUUCUAGCCACAGCUCUUUCCCCAGCUGGCUGUGUAACCUUUGACAAAUCAGUUUCCCUCUCUGGGCUUCAGUUUCCCCAUCUGUCAAAGGAUCCCCUCAGGAUCCUUCCAGCUCCAGUGUUCAGCUCUUCCGUUGCCAGCAGCCUCUCCCUGGACCUCAGACAGGGCUAAUCGUCCUCCUCCCGGAGCUCUCUCUUCAGGGGACUCUCCAUCAGAGAAAGGCAGCCAGAGAAAGCCCUGAGAGGAAUUCCAAGAGAACAAUUGGGAAGCAUCCACUUUUCCAACCGGGUCCUGAAAGCACACUCCUAUGUCUAUGAACAGUGCAUGUAGAUGAUGCUAUAUUUUGUAUGUUUUAUAUCACAAGCUUCACUCCUCUGUAAGGUGCCUCUGCACUCCGGUUCUCCUGUCCAGGGGACUAAAGUGGAAAUAAACCUUCAGUGGAUAACCAA